UAGACAGAGAGCGUCCUCACACACGGACGAGAUGUUUUAGGAUUUGAACAGUCUCAUUCUGACAGAUAAUGUCAUUUAAUCAGGAUUUAUUCAGACCUGAAAUAUCUUUGGAGGAGUAGCUUCUUUUGGACAGAUUCUACAGGGAAGCAGUUUGACAUUAGUCUCUCAGCUUUCCAAAAAGAAUGAAUAAGUGGUAGCUCUCCGGCCAGCGUUUCCAUGCAACAGCGCAGGCGGCUGUGAAGCCACGGAGCACACGGAGGGAUAGAUGCUGUAGCAGAGAGCGGCUGCACUGUAGAUCUGGACUCAGAGCGCCUUUUAAAGCCAAUGGAGCGACGAGAUGAUGGAGACGAGCUGGUCGGGAGCGUAGAUCACCAUGAUAGCGCAGAGGAGCCCGGUUCUCCUCCCCUAGCUCGUGAGCACUCAGGCAGCCCACAGCAGGAGGAGCCCGCCACAAUGAACCGGAACAGCAGCUACCUGCCAGUCCCUGGCGAUGAGAACAACCUGGAUGUGGACUUUGAAAACACCAAGCCCAGGAGCAACGAGUCCAUACCGAUGAAAAAUCUUUAUUCGGAUGACGGCUCGCCUCUGAGGUUAGGCCCAUUCUUCUCUGACGGCCGGCGGCGGGUGGACUACGUGCUCACUUACCAGAUCCAGAAGCCUGGCGGCAUCCGGCGCCAGUCCUCCAAGUUUUCAGGAGACAAUUUUAUCCGCCGGCUUCGGCGCAGCCUGAGCUCGAGAAGCAGCCGUGCCCCACUGCAGCCAAAGGAGGACCCGGAGAUCGCCGCCCAGGAGCAACGGAGUGACUAUCAUGAGGAUGACAAGCGCUUCAAGCGGGAUGAGUUUGAGGAAAAGCUCCUGGAGACGGGGCUGGAGCUGGAAAGGGAUGAACGGGCUAAGAUCCCAGGAAUCGGCUUCUUGAAGAUCCAUGCUCCUUGGAACGUUCUGUGUCGGGAGGCUGAGUUCAUGAAGCUCAAGAUGCCGACAAAGAAGGUUUAUGAAGUGAAACAAGGCAGUAAUGUGGUGGAAAAGAUUCGACUGUUCAUCCACAAAGUCACAGCUCCUCUACACCCAAAUGUAGACGGCAACCGGCCACAAAACGUUAAAUCCCUCUCUCACCCUUUCUCCAGAGAGAAGCAGCAUCUAUUUGAUCUGUCCGACAGGGACAAGUUCUUUGACAGCAGGACCAGGAGCUCAAUAGUCUAUGAGGUAGUGAAGAGGACAAAAUGCACCAAAACCAAAUACUCCAUGGGGAUCACCAGUCUGUUAGCCAGUGGUGUAUAUACGGCUGCUUAUCCCCUGCAUGAUGGAGACAUCGAGGGGGUGAACACAGAAUCUAACGACAGGAAGCUGCUGUACGAGGAGUGGGCCAGCUACAGUGUCUUCUACAAGUACCAGCCUAUCGGACUCAUCAGGAAGUAUUUUGGGGAGAAGGUUGGACUGUAUUUUGCCUGGUUAGGAGUCUACACACAGAUGCUGAUCCCUGCAGCCAUCGUUGGAGUCAUUGUAUUCCUCUACGGCUGUGCGACUGUCGAUGAUAACAUACCGAGUAUGGAGAUUUGUGAUCCCAGGAAUAACAUCACCAUGUGUCCACUGUGCGACCGCGCCUGCAGCUACUGGAAGCUGGUGACAGCAUGUGGUACAGCCCGAGCCAGCCACCUGUUUGACAACCCAGCCACCGUCUUCUUCUCCAUCUUCAUGGCCCUCUGGGCGGUCCUCUUCAUGGAGCACUGGAAGAGACGACAGAUGCGACUCAACUACGUCUGGGACCUGACAGGCUUCGGAGAGGAGGAGGAGGACCACAACCGAGCGGAGUACGACUUACUGCUCCGGCAAAAGGAAAUGAGACUGGAAAAUUCAGGCAAGAAGGUUGAGAAGGUGAAGGUGACCUGUAAUGACAGACUGCCAGCCUACCUGACUACUGUGGUGAUGAUGAGCUUCAUGAUCCUUUUGACGUUUGUCAUCGUCUUCGGGGUCAUCCUGUACCGGAUUAGCAUUAAGGCCGCGCUGCAUAUGAGCACCUACCCUGCAGCACGGUCCAACAUCAGAGCCACCGUCAAAACCACCGCCGCCAUCAUCAACCUCAUCGUCAUCAUCAUCUUAGAUGAAAUCUACGCCGCCAUCGCCCGCUGGCUCACCACACUGGAGGUUCCAAAGACAGAGAAGAGCUUCGAGGAGCGCCUCAUCUUCAAAACCUUCAUCCUGAAGUUUGUCAAUGCUUUCACACCCAUCGUCUAUUUGGCCUUUUUCAGGGGCAGGCUCGUUGGACGGCCUGGAAACUACUUGUACGUCGUUGGAUCGUACAGAAUGGAAGAGGUAAUUCACACUAAACAGAGUGCCACUUCAAGGAAGCUGAAGAAACUGCUCCGGAGGAGGAAGUCGACUUUGGACUCGAAGCAAGAGGAGGCGCUGAACAAAACCCUGCUACCCCACGAGAAAGACCACAUCCUGGGUCCUUUUAUUGGCCUCAGCCCCGAGUACAUGGAGAUGAUCAUCCAGUUUGGGAUGGUGACUCUUUUCGUGGCCUCCUUUCCUCUGGCUCCGCUCUUCGCUCUCCUGAAUAACAUCAUCGAGAUUCGCCUGGAUGCCAAGAAGUUUGUCAUGGAGCUGCGCAGGCCGAUCGCUUGCAAAGCCAAAGACAUCGGUAGGUGUUAA